AGAGCACUAGUCGUAGAUGAUAAUGAGCUUAUUAGAAAGCUUGUGAAGAAUAUGCUCAAAAUGUGUAAAUGUGAAGAAGCAGAAAAUGGUCUAGAAGCUUUAAAGAAGUGUGAAGAACAUGAAUUUGAUUUUAUCAUUUUAGAUAUUAUCAUGCCUCUAAUUGAUGGUUUUGAGGCAGCCAAAAUUUUGAGAAACGAACGUAAAGUCAAGACUCCAAUUCUUGCAUUGACAGGAAAUUCACUGCAGGAAGAAAUUGAUGCCCUUCUUAAAAUUGGUGUCAAUAAGGUAAUGAUCAAACCGAUCAAAAGAUUAGAACUAUUCUCUGAAUUGAGAGAUGUACUAACUGAAUAA